CCAUGGGUUAGCGUCACUGGUGCGCGCCUCGGUCCGGGCGCAAUGGCGGCGCUGGGCGGGGAUGGGCUACGCCUGCUGUCUGUUUCGCGGCCUGAGCGGCAGUCCGAGUCAACAUCGCUAGGGGGCCGGGGCCCUGAGCUGUGCUGCUGGGUGUCAGUGUUCUCCUGCCUCAGCCUCGCCUGCUCCUACGUGGGCAGCCUCUACGUCUGGAAGAGCGAGCUGCCCAGGGACCACCCCGCCGUCAUCAAGCGGCGCUUCACCAGUGUCUUGGUGGUCUCCAGUCUCUCACCUCUCUGCGUGCUACUCUGGAGGGAACUCACUGGCAUCCAGCCAGGCACAUCCCUUCUCACCUUGAUGGGCUUCAGGCUGGAGGGCAUUUUCCCAGCAGCUCUACUGCCCCUGCUACUGACCAUGAUCCUUUUUCUGGGUCCACUGAUGCAGCUCUCUAUGGACUGCCCAUGUGACCUGGCAGAUGGGCUGAAGGUUGUGCUGGCCCCCCGCUCCUGGGUCCACUGCCUCACAGACAUGCGUUGGCUUCGGAACCAAGUGAUUGCACCCCUCACAGAAGAGCUGGUGUUCCGGGCCUGUAUGCUGCCCAUGUUAGCACCGUGCACAGGCCUGGGCCCAGCUGUAUUCACCUGCCCACUCUUCUUUGGAGUUGCCCAUUUUCACCACAUUAUCGAGCAGCUGCGUUUCCGCCAGAGUAGUGUGGGGAGCAUCUUCUUAUCUGCAGCGUUCCAGUUCUCCUACACAGCUGUCUUCGGUGCCUACACUGCUUUCCUCUUCAUCCGCACAGGACACCUGAUUGGGCCGGUUCUCUGCCACUCCUUCUGCAAUUACAUGGGCUUCCCUGCUGUGUGUGCAGCCCUGGAGCAUCCGCAGAGGCGGCCCCUGCUGGCAGGCUAUGCCCUGGGUGUAGGACUCUUCCUGCUUCUCCUCCAGCCCCUCACGGAUCCCAAGCUCUAUGGCAGCCUUCCCCUUUGUGUGCUUUUGGAGCGAGCAGGGGACUCAGAGGCCCUCCUGUGCUCCUGACCUUCACUCAUGUGUGACUUCAGUGAACUGUCAUGGGCUUCCCAGCCCCUCCCCAUCAAAGGGUACUACAGGGGAGGGGCUGGCUGGGGUCCCCGAGAUCUCAGGAAUUUUUGUAGGGGAUUGAAGCCACAGCUAGUUGAAUCCCAGGGACCAAGAGAAAGAAGCAGAUAUCCAAAGGGUACAAUCCCCCUGAAAGGGGGUUGAGGAGCAGCUGGGAGUGAGGGGACAAGGGGCAGGUCCCAGGAGCUGUGCACUUCCUCACUUUGGACUGCUGCUUCUCUUAGCUCUUCUACCCGCCGACCCUGCCUCUGAAAAGCUGCUCAGGGGGGUUUUAUUUGUAAAACCCCUCCCCUGAACUUCCCAGGGUUUUCUCAUUGUCUUUUUGCAUCAGGACUUUAUAUUGGGAUAUUAAAGAGAUUUAACUUGGGUAA